AUGUCUGACCGUGAGUUCAACUCAAACGAUGACCUAUCGCUGCCUAAAGCGACGGUUCAAAAGAUUAUCACCGAGAUUCUGCCCCCUAGCUCUGGUCAAACCUUCUCCAAAGAUGCGCGCGAUCUUUUGAUGGAAUGUUGUGUCGAAUUCAUUACUCUGAUCUCCUCAGAAGCGAACGAUAUCAGCGAGAAGGAGGCUAAGAAGACUAUUGCCUGUGAACAUGUGGAGAAGGCACUCCGAGAUCUCGGAUUUAGUGAUUACAUUUCCGAUGUACUUGCCGUUGCGGAGGAACACAAGCAGCAGUUGAAGUCACGAGAGAAGAAACAGAGCAAGAUGGAACAGAGUGGUCUGACAGAAGAGGAGCUCCUUCGGCAACAACAGGAGCUGUUCCGGUCUGCGACUGACAAAUACAAUUCCGUCCCGGAAUAG